AUAAUAUGUAUUUGGAGCCCAUUUUUCUAUUUAAGGUUUUCUUCGAUAUUUUUUAAUAGAGUGAAUCUGUAUUAAAUUUAUUUGGUCUGUGAAUUACACAUCAUUGACCGUUAAUUGAAACGACCAAUCCAUGGCCCUUAUUUGAAACAACCAAUCAGACGAAUCCAUGUGUUUUAAAUUUUAAAUUUUACAUUACUUUCGAUUGCAUCGUUAUCCUUCCUCCAUUUCUAACAAAACUGUCCGAUGAACGGGAACGUGAAACUCAGACCACCCACUCGGUAAAGAUUUCUAUGUGAAAAUAGGAUUAGUGCUGCUUGUUAUCACAGUAAUCUGAUGAAUUAGUCACCUGGAAAAGUCUAUUUCCACUAAGACAUGAUGUUUUCAUAUGUUAAGACGGCAGUUCUCUCUCAUACAUGUACGUAAAGCAACUUUUUACAACCAAUUUUCAACAAUGACGUCGUUAUUCCAGUCCCUGGUGGAAAAUACUUCCAGUUAUAUCUUCUAUGCAGCCUCUGUCAUCCUCUCACUAGCUUUAAUCUCCAUAUCACAUUGUUUUUACUUUCGUUUGAUCACCAAACUGUAUAACUUACCACCUGGUACCAUGGGUUAUUUCCCUUUGAUCGGAGAAACGCUUACCUUUUUAAAGUUGAAGGAAAAAUUCACCUUCCAACGUCACUCCAAAUAUGGUAGGGUUUAUAAGACCCAUAUAUUUGGCAGCCCAACCGUCCGAGUGUGUGGUAGUGAUAAUAUUCGUACAUUGAUGAUGGGAGACACUAAAAUCUUACAGGUCUUCUGGCCACCAUCUACUCAGUCUCUUGUCGGUUCUUAUUCAUUAGCAGUGAGUUCUGGUAACCACCAUCGCCAACAUAAAAGUUUACUCCUCAAAACAAUGACACCAUCUAAGCUGAAAUCUCACUUGGAUCAUUUCCAGACAACAGCCUCUGAGAAAAUAGAGUCCUGGAUAAACAGUGGUAUUAUUGAUCCUGUUCAGCAGUGUCGUGAUAUGACAGUCAGGAGUGUGAUAAAAUAUUUCAUAAGAAAUGACUUAGAUGAAUCUGUUAUACAAAAACUUAUCAAAGAAAUAACUACCUUUGAGAAGAACCUAAUGUCAAUACCUCUCAAUAUACCUGGUACUGGUUUUUACAAGAGUAUGAAAGCUCGGGCUGAAAUAUGUUCCAUUAUUCGAUCAGUUUUAUGUCAGAACAAUAAGGAGACAAAGUGUCAAGCACAACCCAAAGACUUCUUGAAUUCUCUUCAUUGCAUGCUACAAGAAAACCGUGAUGGAAACAUAGAGAGAAAAAUAGAAGAUUCUAUAUUAGAGAUAAUCUUUGCUGGCAACUUAACAACAACAGUUUCUUCUUUUUCAACCCUGUAUUUACUGGCUAAUCAUCCUAAAGUGUUGCAGAAAUUAAGAGAAGAGCUUAACGAGUUUGGGCUGAUGUCACAUGAUGGAAUCCAUUAUCCAAUUGUGACACAAGACCAUAUACCAAAAUUGAAUUACCUACAAUGUGUAUUUAAAGAGAUACUUCGUCGACUACCUCCAGUCGGAGGUGUUUAUCGGAAGGUGGUUAAACCUUUCCAGCUUGAGGGCUACACCAUCCCAGCCAACUGGAGAGUUGUCUGUUCCAUACGAGAUCAACACAUUGGUGAUUCCACUUUCGACAAUCCAAUGACCUUUAAUCCUGAUCGAUGGUUAGAGACAGCAGAUGAUCACUCAGCGUUUGAUUUCAUACCUUUUGGGGCUGCUUCUCGUCGUUGUGUAGGGAAAGACUUUGCCAGAUUGUCCAUCCUUUAUACAAUAUUAGAAUUAGCUAGAAGGGCCCAGUGGAAGAUGCAGCCAAGUACUGUAAAGAUAGAUUUCAUUCCUGCUCCUAAACCCAUGGAAGAAAUGACUGCCAUCUUUGAACGAUAUAAACAUGAGUGAGAGACGGCUGUGGAAGUUUGGCUCAUUGCUGGCUGGUUAUUGGUAAAGAAUCAUAACAAUGACAUCUUUGUAAUCAUUAUGAUGAUGAUAAUGAUCAUCAUAAAUGUCAUUAUGAUGAUUACCAUUAUCAAAAAUAAUAACCACAAUAGCAGUAUUAUAAAAAUCAAUUGUAUAUAGAAAAGUUUCAAGACCAGUAAGAGACAACAACAAUGCCUACAACAUCUGCAACAGUAAGAUGAACAGCAGUGUCAACAAUAUAGACAACAGCUACUCAUCAGCAAUAAUAAUUAACAUCAAUAAUAAAAUCCAGUUUUGUCCUUGUUCAUCCUUCUAAAGAAAUCUCAAAAUCAGAAGGGUGAGUAAAUGCUCACAAAGAACACAAUCUUCAACAAAGUCAGAACUGGGAAAUUCAAAUCAUUUACUUUCUAUAAGUUAAUAUAGACUAGAACAUAACGAUUGAUUAUUUUCCUAUCAUCAAAUCUGUCAUAUAAGUGUUGACAUCAUUCUAUAUAACUUAAUAUCCUGCAUCAAUCUGUAGACCUAAGCUAAUAGAUAAGCCAGUAAGCUCAGUAGUGAGAUGAAAGAAGAAUUAAAACAAUGACAAUCUCAGAAAUUUAAUUUGUUAAAAUUACUUCAAAAUAGCAUGUUGGUAACUGACAAAAGAUGACUUGAGAGUGGAAUGAAAAUGUUCUUGAUGUUUAGCUUGCUUUUCUGAUAAAUGAGCCAGCAGGUGAGCCAAUGUGAUUGCUUGACAUACUAGAAAUAGCACUCAAGAUCAAUCUUUGUCAAACCAGAUACUCUCAUCUUCAAAAUAGUAAGUCACAUUUGAUAAUACAGUCCUAGAUAUAAAGGUGAUGAACUGGAAGAAUCAUUAGCAUGCCAGGCAAAAUACUUAGCAGCAUUUCUUUCAUCUUUAUAUUCUGACUUCAAAUUCCAUCAAGGUUGACUUUACCUUUUAUCUUUUCAGGGUCAAUAAAAUAAGUACCGAUUGAUCACUGGAGUUGAUGUAAUUGACUUACCCACUCCCACAAACUUGCUGGCCUUAUGCAAAAAUUUGAAACCAAUAUAGUCAUAGAUAUACAAAAUGGUAGAAUGGUUACAGCUGGAAUGUCAUUGACCAUGCAUCUACUUGAUUAAAGUUAACCUGGGGUUAAACAAUGACAAAAACAACAAUAGCUUGCCAACCUAUACUCAAUAACUAUCCAGCUAUGACCAUCCUACCUUUUUAACACUACAUUAUCCAAUCUGUCCUUUUUAUAUUCAAGACAGUAUGAUGUGAUAUGAGGGAAAGUUAACAGCUAUUUCUUGCUAGCCAUGUAAAAGUUCCCAGGUUGGUUCAUGUAGAACAUCUUUUGUUUGGUGUGGUGAGAGAAACUGAAUUGUCUUCUACUAGUAUUUCAUGGCAAAGAAGAUGAAGACGGAGAAAUACAUCCUCAUCUCGAGUAAAUUUCAUGAAAGCUGGAUAACAGUAGCAGGUCCUGAAUAGCUUUAUCUCACAGAUUAAGUUGUUUAUUAACUGAUUUCAGUGCCAUGAUCUACCUUAAGUGGCUUUCCUAUUUUAGGAGUUAACUUGUGGUUUAUUUUACUACUUACUUAGUAUUUUACUACUUACUUAAUUUAUUUUAACGCUUACAGUAUUACUCACACUAUUUUUUUCCAUACAAUUUGUGUUAACUGCACAUCUUAAUCCUUCUGUUUUUUUAACAGCAUGUAACAUGUCACUGCAUUUGAUUUUUUUUUUCUAAUUUUUGGAAUAUCUCUCUUUUUUUCACUGCUUAUAUCUAAUAAAGUAAUCAUCAUCACCUGA